AUGCUCACCCGCCAAUGCCGAAGCCAAUUCCUCAUCGUUCACCCGCAGCAGCGCCUACUCCUUCGCAGCUUUUCCACCGGUAACGAUGAGGACCACACGAGGAGGCUGCUCAGACGACGCAUGAGCAUUGGGCUCCCUGCCGACACAACAGGUAUUGGUGGUGGCAGCGGUCAUGGAGGUCUGGGGAGGUGGGAUGAGGCGCCGCCGACCUUCUCGUGGAGUCGGAUUCAAGAUGGUGUGUUACCCUCGACACGGCCGAAAGGUGUACAUUACCAGCUCACCGACAUUGGAACCACUACCUCCGCAUUUCUUUCCGCAAUCUUCAAGCCAAUUCAGGCUUUCUUCCCAACGCGCAUCAACGAGUACCCGCCGCCUCCUCCUCCGAAACCGCUCUCUAUUGCUACACCAACAUCAACACGCGCCCUGCGUGACCUCGAGGAAGGCAUUCUAUCUACUGAGAAGUCACUGAAAUGGAUUAGCAGUAAGCAUAGGGCUCUAAAGUCGCACUCGCCAUAUCUACAGCUCAGCAGCCGGGCCGUGGUGUCGCUAUUCCAGAGACUCUUAGAGGCAGGGAUGUACAAGCGGUUUCUGGAGGUCCUGGAGAGCGAGGAUGUGCUAGCUGAGGAAGGUGUGGAUCUGGUAUGGAUGAGCCUGGAGAAGUACGAUGCGGUGACGAGGCGGAGGAUACUCGAGGGGCUGUGCGAGACAUGCAAAACCCAGCAUCGACAGCGGUUUAGAGGGAUGUUGAUGGGGCUGGAUUAUAAGGUGGAGAAGGAUCUGCACAUGGAUGUGCUGAAUGAGACGGCGCAGAUGUUGUCGCAAAUCCUUGUUGUGAAGGCGCCGACGGAGAAGGGGUAUGCCGCUGAAGUGGCCAAGGCAACGGUUGUAGCAGAGCUGUCUGGGGUGUGUGAUAAGAUCGCUGCUGGGACUGUCAAGAUAGGCGUCGAGACGAGUCAAGCGGUGUUCCGCCGGUUCUUGGAAUUGGGCGGGAUCAAUGACGCGGUCAAGUAUGCGCUGAAACCGGCGGUCAAUGUCCCCGGAGCACAUAAUAUCGCAAGGUUGUGUGAUGCACUCUGUGAUAAGUUCAGGUAUCAGGAUGCGUACAGGCUGAUCAUUGACGCUUUGAAGGUCCAGUCAUUCGGAUUCAUCUCAGAUUUAGAUGUGCGGGCUGGUGUCCGCACUGUUGAUAGACUGAGUGGGAGAACUGAGGAUGAGCUUGUAGACUUAUGGGAAGCCCUCAAUGCAUCUUACGCAAUAUCAAUAAGAGAUAUUACCAAGGACACUUUUGCCGCGUUUAUUGGACGAGCCUCCCGGCUCAAAUUCGGGCGACGGUCACAAUGGUGGGAGGGAAACGGGGCUACUCCGCUGCUCAAAAUGUGUAUGGAGAUUAUCAUUCUGCGUCUGCGCGGAGAGGUGAACACCACACAUCUUGCAACCCUCAUGGAGGCCUGGAUAUGGAACUGGCAAGGGGACGAGGACAAGAGGGUCGAUACUACGUCACUAGACGAAAGCAUCCCAUUUCUGCCAAACUUCUUGGAUAUCCUUUCUCAUGAGCAGCUUGACCAGGUUCUCAUCAUGUGCGAGUAUUGUGGCCCACUGUGGGCUCUCGAGGGCGCUGUAUUAAGGAAAGGCCUAGCAUCCAAAUACCUCGCCUUCCGCAGCGACCCCGAAAUCGCUCGCUUUGUCGUGCGCCAGUACCUCCCCUUCCGCAUGGCCGUCGAGGGCGCAGACGGCACCGAGAAGGAGAACGCCAAAGCCGUCUUCAUGCAGCUGCGGGGAAUGGACAAUCCCGGCGGCAUCACGAUCACCAACUCCGAAGGCAACCCAGAGGCCAUUGGCCCCUUCGCACAUGCCAUCCUCGCCUUCAAAGACACCGGCAUCCCAUGCCGCACCCUCCUCCUCGAUAUGGUGUACACCCUCUAUCGCCUCAUGCGGCCCCAAGAAAUCGUCGAGCUCCUCCGCGCCCUCAACGCCCACGGCAUCCGCCCCAGCUCAUCCCAAUACUCCCUCCUGAUCCGCACCCUGACCCCCACCCACCCCUCCAGCGCCCUCUCCCUCCUCAAGCUCUACGCAAAAUCCCAAUACAGCGUCUUCGCCGCCUUCAUCGCCUCCACAGCGUCAACACACCCCCACCUCGCCAUCGCCGCAUACCGCUUCCUCACCCGCCCCAACGUCUUCCCCUUCACGCCCGACCAGCCCUGUCUCGCGCCGCGCCGCCUCCCAAAACGCCGCCUCCUCCUCGCCAUGGCGUGGAAAUUUGCAAAUUCCCCCGCUCUGACGGCGAGGCAAUGUCAGCGCUGGGUCCACAUCUGCUACGGGACCAUGCUCAAGCUUGGCUAUGCCCCCGGGCCAACGAUGGGUCUAGCAAUUGCUGUUGCAGCAGUCCAGAGAACGAUCAGGGAGGGUAUCCCCGUCAGCAUCAAUAGCGCGCGGCAGCGGUGGGUGAUCCAGGCUGUCAAGAGACAGGCGGGGACGAGGAAGGCGGAGGAGGUGGCGAGAAUCUUGAAGAGAUGUGAGGAUGUGCGCAGGGAGCGGAACCGGCAUAGGAAUCGGGAGGUGUCGGCGGGGCAUCGGGAUGUGGAGCUGUGGUUGGAAAAGAUUAGAGGGCCGGAUGCGCAGUGGUAA